CAUUUGACAGAAGGACCGCGGCUAGCCGACGGCAAGCGUGCCUGAAGAAGAAAAGUCGUUUUUCUUUUUUGGAAUUGUAACGAACAAAAAGAGUGCUCGUCAGCGUCCCCGUUUACUUCUGACUUUCGACUCCAACACUUUAUCACUUUUUAAAAGAAGAACGGAGCUGAAACGUUGUUUAUUAACAUGAAGAGGAAAGUUGCGCAGAGCACGGAGGCGUCCUCCGACUACCAAGUGGGUCAGGUGUCGGGCAGUUUGCUCCAGAACAAUUGUGCGGCUUCUGGCUCGCUUUCGGCUCUCUUCGGCACCACCGCGCCGACAGUAAGCGGCGCCCUCUUUAAACCCGCCCCGCAGCUUCCACAGCUCAGCGAACAGUCGGAAGGUCCUGAGGUCAAAGUUGAAGCUGGCGAGAAGCAGAAACGGAAGAAAAAGCCCAAGGUGAAAACGGAAGCUGAGCAGAAGCUGGAGAACAGGGAGCUCAGCCUGCAGAACGCCGACGAAGAUGAGAGAGCACCGGCCAAUAAGAAGCGCGGCGCGUGGCAGGCGGGGCUCGAGAAGGGGGCGGAGCAUUUUGUUCUCAAGAGGCAGCGGAGGCGGCAGGAAAAGGAGGAAGAACAAACCAAGAACCGGAGGACGGUCUUCGUGGGAAAUCUGCCCAUCAACUGCACCAAGAAGACGCUGCUCGGCAUGUUCCGGGCCGACGGCACCAUCGAGUCGAUCCGGUUCCGCUCCAUGGUGCGAGAGGAUCCCGCUAUGUCGCGCAGAGUCGCCGCCAUCAAGCGCCAAGGUCACCCGCUGAAGCAGAGCAUCAACGCCUACGUGGUCUUCAAGGAGCCACAAGGGGUCGCCAAAGCACUGCAGAGGAACGGCGUGGCAAUCGAGAAGGAUUUCAUCAUCCGCGUGGACCGAGUGAGGGCCGAGACGGCGGAAAGCCACGACCACAAGCGCUCUGUGUUCGUGGGGAACCUCAACUUCGAGCUGAAAGAGUUGGCGUUGCGGCGACACUUCGAGGAAUGUGGCGUCGUGGAGGCCGUCCGACUGGUGCGCGACCGCAAUACGGGACUGGGGAAAGGCUUCGGUUACGUUCUCUUUGAGAGUAUCGACUCGGUCCAGCUGGCGCUGAAGCUGGAGGGCUCGAAGCUGGAGGGUCGGCCCGUUAGGGUGAAACGGUCCACCGAGAAGGAGCGGAGGAGCGCCGCCCUGAGGAGAACGGCAGCCGCGGGGAACCAGGGCAAAGGUCACCGCUCGAAAAACUUCAAAGGCGAGAUGGCCCGCCCCAAUCAAAAAAACAAAAAGAAAACUACCAAGAAGAAGGUGAAGAAGAGCAGGAAAAACGUCCACAUAUGACUCGGAACUGUGUCGAAGUGAAAUGAGGAGCUUUGAUUUUCAAGUCUUUUGCUGCCAUCUUGUGGCAUCUGCAGGCAAUGCCAUCCUUUUGAGGUGCACCCAUUACUGUCGUUACCAUUAGUGACAAGGACAUUUUUUAUUUUGCCGUCACAUAGUUUGCAAAUCAAAAUACUUUUCACGUUUUACUUGCCCAAUAAAAUCUGAUCAAACACGCACACACUCGUGUGUGUCGUUACCAUGGCAACGCACAGAGUUAACAAAAGACGUCUCGUGCGCUUCAGUGUUCCCAAUUCCAAUAAAGCAAACGUCAAGAGAAA